CGCAGACGGAGGCUUGGGCUUUUCCUCCGGGGCUGUGCUGCUGCUGCUGCGGGGCGGUGGGAGGAGGUGGAGGUGGAGGUGGAGGUGUUUAGGAGGAGGAUCCACUGUGAUUGAAGCCGCUGGCGGGGACCGGGAGCUCGGCCAUCUGCUGCUGCUGUAAAGCCCGGACAGCAUCAACAUGGAGCUGGAAAACAUCGUGGCUAACACGGUUCUGCUGAAGGCACGGGAAGGAGGUGGAGGGAACAGAAAAGGAAAGAGCAAGAAAUGGAAGCAGAUGCUGCAGUUUCCUCAUGUUAGUCUGUGUGAAGAGCUGCGACAAAGCACAGAGAAGGACUACAGCAGCCUGUGUGAGCGACAGCCCAUCGGACGGUUACUGUUCCGACAGUUCUGCGAGACUCGACCCGAGCUGAGACGCUGCGUCAAGUUUCUGGACGCCGUGGCGGACUAUGAGGUAACGCCAGACGAGAAGAGAAAGGAGUGCGGUCAGGAACUGGUGGAGAAAUAUUUCAACCCAAAGUCAGAGGACCAUGUGCCUGAGGUGGAGGAGGCCAUGAUGGCUCAGUGUGCUGAGCGGCUGCAGGACGAGGCCUGCAAAGAGCUGUUCAAGGACUGUACCAAAUUAAUCCAUGACUACCUGAGUGUGGCGCCCUUCGCAGACUACCUCGACAGCAUGUACUACAACAGGUUCCUCCAGUGGAAGUGGCUGGAGAACCAACCGGUGACAAAAAAUACAUUCAGACAGUACAGAGUUUUAGGGAAAGGAGGAUUCGGAGAGGUAUGUGCGUGUCAGGUUCGGGCCACGGGGAAGAUGUACGCCUGUAAAAAACUAGAGAAGAAGAGGAUAAAGAAGCGGAAAGGCGAGUCCAUGGCGCUCAAUGAGAAGCAGAUCCUGGAGAAGGUCAACAGCAGAUUCGUCGUGAGUUUAGCGUACGCCUACGAGACCAAGGACGCCCUGUGCCUGGUGUUGACCCUCAUGAACGGAGGAGACCUGAAGUUCCACAUCUACCACAUGGGCGAGGCCGGCUUCGACGAGAAGAGGGCGGUCUUCUACUCGGCAGAGAUCUGCUGUGGUCUGGAGGAUCUGCACCGAGAACGCAUCGUCUACAGGGAUUUAAAACCAGAAAACAUCCUGUUGGACGACCACGGCCACAUCAGGAUAUCAGACCUGGGUCUUGCCGUCCACGUACCAGAAGGACAGACCAUCAAGGGACGGGUGGGGACAGUUGGAUACAUGUCUCCGGAGGUGGUGAAAAACGAGCGCUACACGUUCAGCCCCGACUGGUGGGCGCUGGGCUGUCUGCUCUACGAGAUGAUCGAGGGCCAGUCGCCUUUCCAGCAGAGGAAGAAGAAAAUCAAGAGGGAGGAAGUGGAGCGGCUGGUGAGGGAGGUGGAGGAGGAAUAUUCCAGCAAGUUCUCAGAGGACGCCAAGUCCCUCUGCAAAAUGCUGUUGGCCAAAGAUCCCUCCGAGAGGCUCGGCUGCCUUGGGGGCGGAGCCUCCGAGGUCAAAGCCCAUGCUAUUUUUCGCUCCAUCAACUUCAAGCGUCUGGAGGCCGGCAUGCUGCAGGCUCCCUUCAUCCCAGAUCCUCAGGCCAUUUACUGUAAAGACGUGCUGGACAUCGAGCAGUUCUCCACAGUUAAAGGUGUGGAGCUGGAGCCCAAAGACGAGUCCUUUUACAGCAAAGUGUCCACAGGCAGCGUCUCCAUUCCCUGGCAGAACGAGAUGAUCGAGACGGAGUGUUUUACAGAGCUGAAUGUUUUCCAUCAGGACGGGACGGUCCCUCCUGAUCUGGACUGGAGAGGACAGCCGUCCCCUCCGCCCAAACAGGGCCUCCUGCAGCGGCUCUUUGGGAGAACGGAAUGCUGUGGUAACUGCAGCGACAGUGACGAGGAACCCACCAGGCUGUGACACACACCGACACACAAACACACACACAGGAUCCCAUUUGUUUACAACUUUUGCACAUUUGUAUUUUUAAGAUAGUACUAUCUCUAAAUGUCAGAAUGUAUAUUUUCAGCACAGCCAUAAUGUUUAUUGUUAUUUAAAAAGUGUGAAAAUCCGGCUGAGACUCCGUCGUCCAAAAUAGGCGACGGGGACGGACAGAUUAUUAUUUCUUUUCUUUUGUUUUUUUUUUUAGUUGUUGAUUUUUUUUUUUGUCAGGGAAGGCUUUGCGUUCACUUUUUCGUCCACUUAACUGAACCGGGAGCUGCUGCAAGCUCCACUGGAACAAUCGCCUGCUGUAAAAAAGUGCCUUGCUCGACGGCACUGUGACGGUGGUUACUGAGGGAGGGCUCAACAUUCCUCAUAACACUUUCCCACGUUGUCCAGGGAAUCAAACCAGUGACUUUCAGCUCAUGAAAAGAACGUGACCACUUUGCUUCCUCUUGGUUUUUCAGCUCUGUGUCGGUUGUUUUAAUUCACUGGUCAUUUCAUAUGUAAAGGCAUCUGCAGAUACUUUUAUUUUGUCUUUUUUAUGGUUUAUUUCAUAACAAUCAACGAUCAUCUCAUUGCAGCUUCGCUUACUCUUGUUUCUAGAGUUUAUUCAGCUCAGACUGUUCAUGCAUUAGUGACAAUAAUGGCUUUUUUCAUCUUUUUCUUCUAUCUUUCUUCUAUCUUUUUUUAUUUUUCUGUUAACCGUGGGGACAAAACAAACAUAAUAUUCCAACACAUCCUCCAUCCUGUUCAGUUUAUUUUGAAUAUGCAACAAAACAAACAAAAUAAUCUUACCUUAGUCCUUAGAAAUAAAACAGAUUGCAAGAAAAGAUGAAAAAAGAAGUUAUAGAAAUACAUGAAAACAAAAGGAGUGGGAGGAAGUAUAACUUAUAGUGGUAUAACCUGAACAAACACAAACCCUGCAUCAUUGGUUUUUACUGUUUGCUCAGUUACCAUCUCCAUCAGAGCCAGAGAUAAAUGUACAAAAAGCAGAAAAACUGGAAAAUUAAAGGGGCAAUUUGUAACCGUCAACACUAUUGGAGACUAAGGGUGUGUAUUUGCAAGAAUCUGGCAAUACGAUACAAAUCACAGUACGAGGAUCAUGAUACGAUAUAUCAUGAUACUGUUAAAAAGGCAAUUUUAUGUUUGUUUCUUUUUUUAAAAUGAUUAUUUCCUUGAAGAA